AUGAGGAAAUUGCUGCAGAAUUCCAGUGCGAUCGAAGCACAGUAUCAAAGAUCCUGAAGCAAAAACAAUGGUCUGAUAUAAGUGAAGUUUCAAAAAAUGCAAAUGCAUUUAAAACAACCAGUCCUAAAUUUCCUCAGAUUGAACAAGCCCUUGGAAUGUGGAUUGGUACUGCUGAGCAAAGGCAACUUAUUCUUACAGGAGAAGUAAUUCGCCAGAAGGCUCUUGA